AAUCAUUCCUUCUCCAUAAUUUAAGUGCUUGUAUUGUUUUGUAAUAAUUGCGAUAAAUCAAUAAAACUAGUUGAAUUUACUUCACAAAUAUAAGUAAAUAUGGCUUCUCUGUUACUAUUAAAGUCCAUGUUAUUUGCAAAUGCUCUCCAUAAGUCGAAAAAGAAGAAAAAAGUUAAAUUAAAGAGAGUGUCGGCAAAGCCAAAAAAAUUAGAUCUGAAUAUGUGCAGAAUAUGUAAUGACGAAAAAGGCGAUAUCCCAAUAUUUAACAAUUUUGUUCAACCUAACAUUCCUGAUGAAAUCCAAAACUUCGCUGGUGUUACUGUGAGUAAAUCAGACCAGCUACCACAGCACAUGUGUCAAAGCUGCUUAGAUCUGCUAAACGGGUGCAUCACAUUCAGAGACGUGUGCCAGCGCACCAAUAAAGACUUAAUAGAACUAUCCAUUAAAAAAGAAUCCAGUAAUUUUGUUAUCAAUAAUGACCAAGACCUCUUUGUUGAACAAGUUGAUCAAAGGAACAGUGAUGAUGAGUCAUACAAUGUUCCAUCACCAGCAUUUUCAGACAAUUCUGAGUUAUGGGGGUGUGCUUCUUGUAAUAAAGAGUUCUAUGACUUAAAAUCAUACAACAACCAUUUAAAAGACUGCAACAAACAAACCAAUGAACCCAAACCACCAAGAGACCAGAAUUGGAAGAAAAUGCAAAGUUUUCUUUGUGACAUCUGUGGGAAGACUGCGCGAUCCAGAGCUAGUCUUCUAGUUCACAUGGGUAUCCACGAAAAUGUUUUUCCCUUCAAAUGCGACGUGUGUCCGUACCAAGGGCGAACUAUGGACCUCUUAAAGGUCCACAAACGAUCGCACCUGGUCGACAAACCGUUUAAAUGUAGCCAGUGUAAUAAGGCUACCACGACGUCUAGUAAUUUAGCCAAACAUAUACGACACGUCCAUAGUACUAAUAGGCCUUUUAAGUGUACUUACUGCGACAAAGGUUUCUCCUUCCAACACGACAUGAAGAGACAUAUAAAGGAUAUACACUUACGUACCAGUACCGUCGAGUGCGACGUAUGUUUCAAAAAGUUCAAUACUAAAAAAAUUCUCCAAGGCCACAGAUGGAAGAUACACAAAAUAAAAGGCGAAAGACAAGGGCGCCUGCCUUCGUACUUGCAGUGCCAAAUGGGGGAGAAUGAUAAUAAUGUAAACAACUGUGAUCCCGAUCUCAAUUAUUAAUAUCUAUUAAUCUAGAAAUGUUUUUUUGAAUUAUUUUAUGACUAGGUAUUUUUAAUUAUGAUAAAGAAGAGUAGAAACACGCAAGCAAUAGCUAUCUUGGAGGUAGUAAUCACUAUAUGUAAGGUAAUAAAAUAUUAUACAUAUGUUAGUAUAAUAAUCGAUAAUUAAUUGAUAAGUAUAUUAAAAUAGUAAUUGCA